AUGCUGAGCAUCGGCUUGGGCAUCAACGUGCUUUUCACCUUGCGUGCGAACGCACGGCAGUUGGAGAAGUCCUUAGCCUACAGGAAGGAGGUUCGUGUGCAGGCGAUUUCUGCAUCCAUUUCCACGUUGGAGGUGUUUCAAUUUCCGCUGUGCCUGGUGAACGUCCGGGACUUUCUGACGUUUGGCCACUUGGUACCCUUCGAAGCCUGCCGCGAGCAGCUCCGCUCCCUGGACAGCUGUGAACAAGCCCAGCAGCUGCAAAGGCAAGAAGGUGUAGUGUUCAUCAGCCACCAAUGGGUGAGCUUUGGGAGACCCGACCCUGUGGGAGUUCAGUACCAUGCGAUGGUCACAGCUAUUCAGCAGCUGCAGCAGAAGGGACUUCAGUGCAAUUGGCUUUGGGUUGACUAUUGUUGCGUUCCCCAGCAGAACCGGAUCCAGCAACAGAGUGCUGUGAACUCCAUCAGCGCGUACACACGGUGUUGCAGCAUGUUCCUGUCAGUGGCACCUUUGUGCUACCACACAGACACAGGUGUUUUGAUGGAUGAGUCCAGCUACGGCCAUCGGAGCUGGUGUCGCUUGGAACGGCUGUGCUACGUCACGUGUCGCCCCUUUACAGAGUGCAAGCUUUGGCGCUACACCGACCACCUCCAGGAGGAGAGGCCGGGUGACUGUGACUGGGAUGACCUUGAAGUGAUGACUGGUGUUACCGCGUGCUGCGAGAACGACCAUCCUGGUGAAUUGUGUGACAAGCAGAGGAUGAUGGGUUUGAUGCUGGGGAUCUAUUGGCGCUUGCUGAGUCUGCGCGAUGACCCUUUGCAUGGCGGUGAGGCCAAGGAGCUGCUCAGGCUUAUCCAUGCCAAUGAAGAGAAGUACUUUCCUUCGACCAUUCAAUUGGGUGACGAUGAGAUUCAGCUCUUCGAAGGAUUUCUACCGGUCUUGCGAGAGCUCUUUGAAGAUGAGAGAUACGAAGAGGUGAAAUCCCAAGGCCUCAAGAAUUCCUGCAGCCUGGCACCAGUGAAGGACCAAGGGGCCACCACCUCACGUGCUUUGGCUUGGGCGACAAGUGCGAGCACCAGCGCUGCGCUGUUCAAGCAUCGAACUAAUUCAGGGCUUUUCUCAAUGUGA